AAAAGUUAACCGGAGCUAGUUCAUAUGAAAUCAGAUGUUGAAAGUUACAUUUCUGUUUAUUUACAGAAAAUAAAGUUGGAUCUUUCUGUGUAUUAACAUCAGUUUGACAUUCAUGUUGGUCUAUCUUCUUCUUUUUUUAUUCAUAAAUUUCAUAGAGUUAAAAAUGAGUAAGUUAAGUUUAUCAAUUAGUUUGGAAUCUACAUAGUAUAUACAUUUUCUCUUCUUAAAUUUUAUUGUUUGACAAAUUUAAACAUACAUUAUUCUCUUAGUAAUUCAUGUGCAUUCGUUUUUAUUUGAAUAAAAUUUUGAUAAAUGUUUGUGUUAUUUUCUUCCUUGAAUCUUCUUCUCCUGCAGAUUAACAAACUAUAUCCUAAAAGUAAACAAGAUCUUUAUAGUUAUUUCAUUAAUAUGAAAAACGAUAAAAAAAUAAAUCCCCUGAAAAGUGAAAACACCUAAGCCAAUGAUUUAUUAUUAUUUUUUUUUUUUGAACACAUAAGCCAAUGAUUUAUUUUAUUUAAUUUUUCUAACUAAAUCAAAAUAAAAUACAAAAGCGUCUCUCACUAGUCACUACUACUACUAUAUAUAUAUAUAUAUCUAUAUCUGAAGAACACUCAUGUUAGCUCAAAGAACCUUCACUUUCUCACAAAAACAGAGUCUUUCCAAGAAAGUUUCUUCCUUUUUCUUCCAUGGAUUCUAAAGAAACCCAGCAACAGCAGAAUCGCAACGCCGCCGCCCCGUUAGCGGGUCCCACCUCAACUUCUCAGGCCAUGCACAACCGUUCUGAUCUGCGCCAGCCUCAGCCUCAACCAGACCCGCUCGUGCUCGACGGAGCGCCUAACUCCCUCCCGGUCCAACAACCUUGGAUGCUACUCGGGGUCGAGCAACUAGCACGAGCAAGAGCGAGGGCGUACGCUCCUCCGGAUGGUGGAGAUAGCGGCGGGGGUGCAAAUGCUGGCCCGCCUGCUAGAGGAGGAGAAGAAGGAUCGCUUACAGCUCAUGUCAUUAACAUCAAUGCUGGAGAGGACAUAGCUGCCAAGUUAGUGGCGUUUAUGAAUCAAGAACCACGCCACGUCUGUGUUCUCUCAGCUUUAGGAGAUGUAUCUAUUGCGGAGCUUCAAUCUAACAAUUCUCUUGGAUUAGUUAAGUAUGAGGGCCCAUAUGUUAUCACUAAUAUGUCAGGUACUUUCUCGAAUACUGAGAGUAAUGGUACUGUGACCAGAACUGGUAACUUGAACGUGUCUCUGGCUGGUCCUGAUUUCAAGAUUGUGGGGGGUUGUGUUGGUGGAAUGCUUGUAGCUGGAUCACCAGUCCAGGUCAUUGUUGGAAGCUUUGUACCAGAGGGAGUGAAACUGAGCGCAGCUUCAGCACCAGACAAUGUGUUGAACUCAAGUGGUGGUGGUGGACCAGGAUUACCUCAGUCUCAGGGACCAAGCGAGUCAUCAGAGGAAAAUGAUAGUACAUCUCCUGGCAACAAUCCUCAAUAAGCAAAUGGUUCACGGGUCGUGCUCACUGGGGGGUUUUCUUCUCUGUUCCAUCAGAAUUGUCCAUAAGUAGAUUGAUCUUUCUUACUCUCUUGUCUUCUUCUUGUUCAUACUUCUCUUCAAUGUAGAAGAGAGAGAAAGAUGUUAAAGUAGGGUUGAGUUCAUACUUUUAGUUUGUUACUUAGUUUCUUUUGAUUGUGUGAUGAUUCUGUAAUCAACGAAUGAUCCGGGUUGGUUUCCUAGAGGUUUCAGUUCAUUUUUUUUUCAUAAUAUACAUCGUCUCUCUGUUUUCAAUUAAAAAAUUGGUCAGUACAAACCAAAAAACUAGCUAUAAUUUUCUUAAUCGGUUUGACUUUUACUUAUGAACGAAAACUUAUCUAAAUUUGUUGUAUGGCUUAAUAAUAAUGAAUUUUUUUUGUUCUGAGAACCAACUCUCAUUAAUCAAAAGUCCAACACACAUGCAAAGUCCAAAAGCAAUAUUAAAUUUAAACCCUUACUAACGGAGGGUUAGUUUUUAGUCCAUAACUCCGGUUAAAGUUAUGGAGAUUAAAUCUGUACGGAUCUCAACAAAAUUAACAUGCAAUUUUUUUGGAACCACUGGUCUUUCAGACAUGUAAUUGAUUCAUCUAUGAUUGUGUCGCAUAUAAAAAAAAAAAGAAGCAAACUCGUAUUUUCCUCCUUAAAUCUUUUUUUGGUAAAAUGUAUAUUCGCUAGGCUAAGUAUUGAAAUCAGCAUCUAAUUAUUAUUCUAUUAGAGCAUCAUUAUCCCACAUACUCAUUUAGGAUCUCUUAUUUAGUUUUUAAUACUUUUAAGUAAUAAAGGUAUGUUAAGAGACUCCGUUAAGAGACCCGAACAUUUAUGUGUUCCAAUGCAAAUCUCUUAAAUAAGAGUUCUUAAAAAAAAAAUUAUUAAAUAUUUUUUAGAGAAAUUAGGCUCUAUAUGCAUGCAAUAACUCAAAAUUAACUAAAUGCCCACGACACUGUUGAACUUUCUUAAUCCCCAUUUGACCCCUACUAAUCUAUGACUCUAAAUGGGAGCAUACAUGAUAUUGUGUCAGAUGAAAUAAUGACUCUACGAUCGUACACUACGUAUACAUAUGGUGAGAGAAUUAUUUCAUUUUUUAUUAGAAUUUUGUAGCAGGUGAAGAAUCCAUUGGUUGGAGAAUUAACACUUUUUGUAGAGAGAACAAUUUCAUAGAGCCAUCGUCACGAUCUUUGAUUUCUUCCUAUACCUUUAAUGAUAAAUAUCUAGACGACGAUGACCUAUGGCGAUGAUCGAUUCUGCUGCAACUGCUCGUGCCCAGUUCUCCUACCUCCUCUGUCGCAUGGAAAUCUCCUAAGCUCCUUGUUGUUAGGUAUCUAAAUUUCAGUUCUCCUUUAAUAAUUGUUUCUAACCUUCCUUCACAAUCGAA